AGAACCUCUUCCAGGGUUGCAAAAAGCUUCUCAUAAGUUGAAAAUUGAGUUCAAGACAAUUUGAAACCAUUUCACCAGUUUUCUCUUCUCUUUCCAGGGAAAGCAUAUGUGGAGAGUUCAGUGGCAGAAUAUUUAAGGUACGUGGGCAAUCUGUGGCAAGUCCAUCUAAGAAGGUGUGACCGGCUACAAGAAUCAGCUGACCUUGAGUACGGAGACUCAGAAGUGCCAGCAAGACCAGAAAAGGAACUAACUGGAAGAAUAUUGCUAUACAUAGAAGAAGUGGUUCACAUACUUCUGCAACAAUCAUUGACUUAGAAUAAAUACAUCAGUAAAAACAUCAGUAGUGAAAUGACAGAUUCUGGUGCUCUUUGAUUUUCUGGUGGAUUUUAUUACUUGGACAUUGCUAUUGACAUUUUUACUAUCCCAGUUAAUAAAUCUUGAAUCUCUCUGUACAUAAAAAUAUAACCGGACAAUUGCAUUUUGAUACUUUAAGUUUUUAAUGUUAGAUAAUUUGCCAAGAUGAGUGCCGAAGGAUAUCAAUACAGAGCUUUAUAUGACUACAGAAAAGAGCGAGAAGAAGACAUUGACUUGCACUUAGGAGAUAUAUUAACUGUGAAUAAAGGUACCUUACUAGCACUUGGAUUCAGUGAAGGGGAAGAAGCAAAGCCUGAGGAAAUUGGCUGGUUGAAUGGCUUUAAUGAAACCACAGGGGAGAGGGGGGAUUUCCCAGGAACUUACGUAGAGUACAUUGGAAGAAAAAAAAUAUCCCCCCCAACUCCGAAGCCUCGUCCUCCUCGACCCCUUCCUGUAGCACCAAGUCCUGCAAAAGUUGAAGCAGAAAGUGAGCAACAAGCUUUUUCACUUCCAGAUCUUACAGAACAGUUCGCACCUCCUGAUGUUGCUCCACCGAUUCUUAUCAAGAUAGUGGAGACCAUUGAAAAGAAAGGUCUGGAGUGCUCAACUUUGUAUGGAACACAAGGUUCAAGCAGCUCAGCAGAAUUAAGACAAAUUCUUGAAUGUGAUGCUUCUUCACUGGAUUUAGAGACAUUUGAUGUGCACACUUUAUCAGAUGCUCUCAAGAGGUAUCUUCUGGACCUGCCAAAUCCCAUCAUUCCAGCAGCUGUUUACAGUGACAUGAUUUCUGUAGCUCAAGAAGUGCAGAGCUCAGAAGAGUAUGCUCAGUUGCUGAAGAAACUCAUCAGAUCUCCAAAUUUACCUCCCCAGUAUUGGCUCACACUCCAGUAUUUGCUCAAACAUUUCCUCAGAGUUUGUCAAGCCUCCAGCAAAAAUCUUUUGAAUGCAAGGUCUCUGGCUGAAAUUUUCAGCCCUCUGCUUUUCAAAUUUCAGAUAGCAAGCUCUGAUAAUACUGAAUAUCACAUAAAAAUCCUAGAGGUUUUAAUCACAAGUGAAUGGAAUGAGAGACAGCCUGUACCAGCACUGCCUCCUAAGCCACCAAAACCUAAUAGUGUAACUAACAACAGCAUGAAUAACAACAUGGCAUUACAAGAUGCUGAAUGGUACUGGGGAGAUAUCUCAAGAGAAGAAGUAAAUGAGAAACUCCGAGACACUGCUGAUGGUACCUUUUUGGUACGAGAUGCUUCAACCAAAAUGCAUGGGGACUACACACUUACGCUAAGGAAAGGAGGAAAUAACAAAUUAAUCAAAAUCUUUCAUCGAGAUGGAAAAUACGGCUUUUCUGACCCAUUAACUUUCAACUCUGUGGUUGAGCUAAUAAACCACUACCGGAAUGAAUCUCUAGCCCAGUACAAUCCUAAACUGGAUGUAAAAUUAUUGUAUCCAGUAUCUAAGUACCAGCAGGAUCAAGUUGUAAAAGAGGAUAGCAUUGAUGCAGUGGGAAAGAAAUUACAUGAAUAUAAUACCCAAUUCCAAGAAAAAAGCCGAGAAUAUGACAGGCUUUAUGAAGACUACACAAGAACAUCACAGGAAAUUCAAAUGAAAAGAACAGCUAUUGAAGCAUUUAAUGAAACAAUAAAAAUAUUUGAAGAGCAGUGCCAGACACAAGAAAGAUACAGUAAGGAAUACAUUGAAAAAUUUAAACGGGAAGGAAAUGAAAAAGAAAUACAAAGAAUCAUGCACAACUAUGAAAAACUGAAGUCUCGAAUCAGUGAAAUCGUGGACAGCAGACGUAGAUUAGAAGAGGAUUUGAAGAAGCAAGCAGCUGAGUAUAGAGAGAUAGACAAACGUAUGAACAGCAUUAAGCCAGACCUCAUACAGCUGAGGAAGACAAGAGAUCAAUACUUGAUGUGGCUGACUCAGAAGGGUGUUCGUCAAAAGAAGUUGAAUGAAUGGCUUGGAAAUGAAAAUACAGAAGACCAAUACUCUAUGGUAGAAGAUGAUGAGGACUUGCCCCAUCAUGAUGAGAGAACAUGGAAUGUGGGAAAUAUCAAUAGGAGCCAAGCUGAAAAUCUGCUGCGGGGAAAACGAGAUGGAACAUUCCUUGUUCGAGAGAGCAGCAAACAAGGCUGCUAUGCCUGCUCUGUUGUGGUGGAUGGAGAAGUAAAGCACUGUGUGAUAAACAAAACACCUACUGGAUAUGGAUUUGCUGAGCCGUAUAACUUGUACAGCUCACUCAAAGAACUGGUGCUACAUUAUCAACACACAUCACUUGUGCAGCACAAUGACUCUCUCAAUGUCACACUAGCCUACCCAGUAUAUGCACAGCAGAGGCGAUGAAGAUCUUAAUACUCUGGGUUGUUUGGUUUUUUUUCUGUAGAAAAGAUUUGACAACAUUGAGGCCUCUGGAGAGAAAAGGCUCCUUUCAGCCUUACUCAAGAAUUUGAGCUGCAGUAUCAAAGCUGUCUGUCUUCAGAUGGGACUAGAGCUUUCUUUCACAACUGCAGUGGGAGAAAUCACAGUACUAAGCUGUGAAUGUAUGUUUCUAAUCUGAAGUGCUUUUUUUUUAAUUAAGAAAAGAAAAACACAACAGAGAGAAAUCCGAACCUGAUCUCCCUGCAGGGACAUAGAGGCCUUUAAGCUUGGUGCUUGUUUACGACCACUCCUGAAGCUUUACCAGCUAGAACAUUGGAUUCUCCAGACACAAGGUAUAAGAGGUCUUUGUCAUUUGAUUAGUGGAAUUUUCAUGGUCACAACCUGGCUUGGAUUUGGUGUUGCUGCACUCAGUGGAUCCAGACACACAGCAUUGUGGAUUUUUUGGUUUCUGGUGAAUGAUAUGUAGCAGAAUGGCACUUUUAUUUCUAGGGACACUUUAAAAGGACUUCAGUAUGUUGUUCCGAGUAAUUGUAAUAGCAAAGUGCCAGGAAGUGUUUUGUUUAGAUGUUUGAAAUCCAGUUUUAAGAAUAUGAAACUGAAGAAAACGGGACUUUCAGUGGCAUACAAUAUAUAAUUAUGUACAUAGGACUAACUAUCAUGGAUGGAAACUAUCAAUACCAAACUGCAUCUUUUUUUCCUUUUCUGUUUGCUGAAAGCUAAAUUCUUAGAUCAUGCUAUGCAAUACUGAAUUUUCUUUAGGCUGUAGUCUUUUCUCAAGCAUAUCUACAGGUUAAGCUUGGUUUUCUUUCUUGAUUCCCUGUCUUCUAUUUCCUUUUGUUCUUUUGCCUGAGAAUAUAUUUCCUGAUGAUUAUUUUUUGGUACUCAUUUUGUUGUUUGUUUGUUUUUUGGUGUUUUUUUUGUUGUUUUUGUUUUGGUUUUUUGUGGUUUUUUUUUUGUGUUUUUUUUUUCCUUUUUUUUUAAUGUACAGAAAGCCAGCAACAGUUGGCUUCAGAAUUAAAACUAUGAAAUAUUCUACAAUUUUCUUUGUAUAGAAUACUGAUCUACUAACUCAGAGUUUUAAGAGUUAGUAUUUUUUUUUUUUGACUAUUUUGUUGGGCAGUGCCUGAUAAGCUUCAAAGCUGCUUUAUUCAAUAAAAAAAUACAUGAACAUUAUGAAACAUCACUGAGUCCAACAAUAUUGUUUCAGAAAUAUCUUUAGAAUACGGUACCACGCUGUUUGCUUCUUAAAGCAUUUUGAACUUCUGUCAUGAUUGUCUUUGUAUUUGGAAGAUGAAAAAUUGUGUAUCCUUCUCUGAUAGCAAUUGCAGAAAAACAGGGGAUAUUUAGCUAUUGGAGAAGAUAGUUUGGAUCUUAGAAUGAUUCCAUUUUUCACAGUAAAUAAAAGACUUCUUGACCUACUGUGGCAGAAUUUUUGUCAGCAUGUAAUGGUAUUUUCAUUUCAUAUGAAGGAACUUUCUCUAACCUGUUGCCUAAGUUUGUUUUUUUUGUAUUAGUAUUGUGAAAAAGAGACUCCCACCUUUGCUGAUAAUGUUUGGAUACAACAUGGAGCUAAUUAAGACUGGAAAAUGUUUUUCAAAUCAUUAGGUUAUCACAUUUAACUUUUUGGAUUUAUUUCCCUAAAUCUGUAGGCUCAUACUGUAUCAAAGUGAAUAUUUUAUAAUUUCCGGCACCAGAGACUUACAGAAUCAUGUUUGAGUUAAAGGAAAUGAAUACAUGAAUUCCACUAACACAGACUUACUAAGAAUUCUGGGAUAAUUCACUGUGGGUGGUUUGCAAUGGUUGCUUACUGUCCUGACACUGAGAAAAUUCACACAUUGCAAAUUGAUAAAGUAAUGAAGUUCAGAGAAACCUUGGAAAUAUUCUAACUAGGUGAACAUACAGAUUUAUUCUUCCCCAAGAUGCAAAGGCAAGACCCAUUACUAUUAAAGAGCGUUGUACACACAACUAAAAGAGUAAGACCCAUGGUGUUCUCUCAUAAUAGCUCUGGUUUAGAGAUACAUGUGUUUAGUUCAAAGUAUCAGGUACUUCCUAAGCUAUUGGAAGUAAUAAGAGGAAAUUUGCCAGUCUCUGGUAGUUUUCAUAUUAUUUUUGAUUCUUUACAUUAUUCCUUCAUUUCUGAAGCUGUAAAGCUUUUGAUUUUAUUUUGAUUUUGUGGUGGGGUUUUUUUCUGUUUUUUGGGGGGGGUGGAGGUUGUCUUUGCUUCCCUAUAGGUAUGAUUCCUGAUACAAAUUCUGGUAAGAAAGUAAGAUUCAACCAACAUUAGGGUUUCAGGAUAGUCACAACUUCAAAAUUAUUCUGAGUAUCUUUUUCUCAAUAGAAAUUUAGUCUUCAUCCCUUCCUUUAUUCAUUCCACACUUUUCAGGCCUGUAGAGUCAUGUAAAUUCAAUUUACUAAUAACUGGCUUUUACUAUGAAAAGCACCAUCAAUUACUCUUAUCAUGCCAGUUAUACUACUGGGCUUGAAGUUAUAAAUUAGUUCAAUAUACAACAGUUUAACACUUGUAGCAAUCCAAGAUACUCUUUUGACAUAUAUUAAUUUUUGAAUGUUAAAUAUUUUAAGAGUAAAAUUGUAUUUUUUUCUCUAUAAGCAAAAUAUAUGUAAUCUGAAUUGAUGUUUCACGUAGCAUUUGUCAAGAAAUUUUAUCGUAGUUAAGGCAUUUGGAUCUGAUUUUCCUCAUAGUAAGAAAUCCUCUGCUAUGUCAGUGGGCCUUAUCCUUAGCAUGCCCAACCCAGUAUGGAAUAUAACUUUUUCCUGUCGUGCUCUUCAUCUGUGGUUGUAGCAGAGAAAAAAAUAGUGUGUGUACAAAUUUGGCACUUGCUUUUCUUGCACAAGCAACUAUGAGAAAUAAGCACUAUGUUGUGGGGAUGAGUGCUUAAGACUCUUAUGGGGAUAUCCUGCCUACACAGGGUCUGUGCAAUUUGCAAGGAUCACUUACGCCCUCAGAUUGGUUUGAGUGGGUUUUGUUUGGUACUUACAUAUUGCAUGGCAUCUGCAUUUCCCUCACUGCUUAAUACACAGUGCUAAGUCCUGUCAAAGGCCCUGUUCACUGCAGAGUUGUUUGUCCUUAAUGUACCAUGUUGUUCACUCCAGUUUUGAUUUGGUCUCAGACUCAUAUAUACAGAAAAAACCCAUGUGGGUAUAACUGAAGAAACACAUUGUUUUUCUGUAUUUCUAAUGACAUAUAUUUUUUCCCAUCCAAUGUAAUUCAAGGGUGGGAUUUAUUUGUUAUGUAUUUUUGGUUUGGAGUACUUUUAUUUUAAAUCCCUGAGUUACGCUGCACUGCAGGCCUUUGAAAUGUAUAAGACAUAACACAGAGAGCCAAAACCCAUAAGCAAAAUUAGGAGUUUCUGAUUUCCCUAAGUUUAAAUUUGAAUUGGCAGGUUUGGGGAUAUGUAUCUGUGCAUAUGUGUGCACACUUGCUGUGUUUAUGUAUGGAUACCAAUAUAGGUGCAUUUUCACCAGAUGUGAUCAUUUUGCUGAAUUCAGUAAGUGAUAUAAUUGACUUUGUUUAAAGACACACGCACAUGCACACUAGACCUUUGUGAGUGCAGCAUGUUUCCAAAUGCAGUUAGAAAACUGAGUUUCUGUGUUGUUGGAUAUUUUCUUAAAAAAAAAAAAAAAGAAGCUUGUCUGUAUGGUUCAGUUAUCUGAGAAAUCUUGUCAAGCAAUCUGUAAAACCAAAUCUUAAAUUUUCUGUUUGGUGUCAACUGUUCUGUAGUGAAGAAAUGGCUUUGUCUUGUAAUUGGCAAUGAAAUAAUAAUGCUUGGGAAAACAUUCUGAUGCUUCUAAUGGGCAAAACUUCUGCCGAUUUUCACACAGUGCUUUUGCUAUGCAUGGUAUUAAGUUGGGAAAGUGAAUCCUGAUACUAUUUCUCUUCAGGGUCACUUCAGAAAUGGGCAGCUCAAACCACAAUGCCUCCCAUGGGACAGGGUUCCAAAAUGCAACAUUUGAUACGGAAUCAUGUUGGAUUUACUGCAGUUGAAGACUACAGUGGGCUGUGGUAACACUGCAUUGUACUUGUCCUAAUGAGAUUGCAUUAGCUGCCCAAGAUGCUGCUACUUUAUUUUUUUUUUUUUAUUAUUCUUGUUUUUAAAAAUAAAGCUCUGUUCUGUUAAAUGUCUUUAAAACAUUAAGAUUACUUUGUCUUUAAAUGGUCUUUGAGGAGGUGGAGGGUAAAAUAGGUUGGAAAUUGCCUUUUCAAGGCAACAGUGUGACAGCAUGCCUCCUUGAAAUUUCGUUCAAGCUAUAGAGUUGAUGGAGCUGUGUCUUGUUUUUAAGUUGCUUUAAAACUUGUACUAAGUCUUCAAGCUGAAUAAAGGUUGUUUUGAAACUGCA